AUGGGAAGCAUUGGUGAAGGUAAAGUGGUGUGUGUAACAGGAGCAACCGGUUUCAUCGCAUCGAGGCUCGUCAUGAUCCUCCUUAACCGUGGUUACACCGUUAAGGCAUCCGUCCGAGACCCCAGUACCGUACUCAUAGAAAAUCUCCAACGUGGUGCAAUCAAAGCCGUUUAUCCUGGUCGUGGAUCUUUGUGGAACGGCGAUCCGAAAAAGACACAACACUUGGUGUCUCUGAGAGGUGCAAAGGAAAGACUUCACUUGUUCAAAGCUGACCUUCUAGAAGAAGGAUCAUUCGACUCUGUUGUUGACGGAUGCGAUGGAGUUUUCCACACUGCUUCCCCAUUUUAUCUUGACACCAAAGACCCACAGGCAGAACUUAUUGAUCCUGCGGUCAAGGGAACACUCAACGUUUUAAAUUCUUGCACAAAAUCAUCAUCGGUCAAAAGGGUUGUUGUAACCUCCUCAAUGGCAGCAGUUUAUAACAACGUUAAACCACGCACACCUGCCGUCGAUGAAACUUGGUUCUCUGAUCCUGAGUUUUGCAAGGACUCAAAGAUGUGGUAUGCUCUGUCCAAGACCAUGGCGGAAGAAGCUGCUUGGAAUUUCGCUAAAGAGAAAGGCUUAGACAUGGUUACUAUUAACCCGUCAAUGGUGAUCGGUCCUCUCCUACAGCCAACUCUGAACACUAGUGCUGCUGCUAUACUAAGCUUAAUCAAUGGUGCAAAGACUUUCCCCAACAUGAGUUAUGGAUGGGUUAAUGUAAAGGACGUAGCCAAUGCUCACACCCAAGCAUUUGAGGUCCCUUCAGCUAAUGGACGUUAUUGUAUGGUCGAGAGUGUCACUCAUCUCUCUGAGGUCGUUAGUAUUCUGCGUGAGCUUUACCCAAAUCUCCAACUCCCUGAAAGGUGUGAGGAUGAGAAUCCGCACGUGCCGACGUUUAAAGUGUCCAAGGAGAAAACGAGGAGUCUUGGAAUAGACUACAUACGCUUGAAGGUUAGCAUCAAGGAGACGGUCGAGUCCUUGAGGGAGAAAGGUUUCAUACACUUCUGA